AUCAAAUAAAACAAAUGUCAAAAUUAACAAGUGAGUUUGAAACUGAGUUUUGUGUUGUAUUACCUGAUUGUAUGCAGUGGAAUUUUUAAUGUGUGUGUUUAUCGCUUAUAAUCACCAAAUCAAUUUAAUACGAAUAUGUCUAUUAUUUUCUUAUUUGACUGUUACUUGAUAUUGUAAGUAAUAUUUUGUAUCCUUCUAAUAACUAAUAUUAGUUGUAACCGAAGAAAUUAGGUACAGACGACCUAUGUGUUAUCUUAUAGGCAUAAAUUAAUAAGUAUUAAUCCACCACAUUUAAUAGUCUACCUUAAUAUUAACAAAAAUGGCAAGAAGUGGUAGACCUGAAUGGAUGAUUGUUGAGGAUUUAAAACAAUUAAAACUAAAAAAUAAGCUGGACAGUCUGGAAGCUGAGAGAAUGAAAAUGGACAAAAAGGCUGAUUAUCGCAAUAUGGAGAGAAGAAUACAAUUGGAAAGAGUGGAGGCUGAAAUGGAAGAGAGAAUAGCUAGAGAAAAAGCAGAUGCAGAAAUUGCAGCUACAAAGAGAGAACAAGAAGAAAAACUAGCUGCUGAAAUGGCAAGGCUUAGUCAAGAAGAGCUAAGAGAGUUAAAACUUAGGCAACAAUUGAGAGAAUCCAGUGAUGAACUCAAGUCAUUAGAGGCAAAAUUACGUGCUGCUUACGUGAGUAAAGAAUUAGCUGCUCAAAUUGCUGAAAAGAGAGCUGCUGCUAUACAACAGAAAUUAGAAGAGCAGAAGUAUAAGGAAGCUAUGGAAGAAGAAAGGAAAAAUUUAGAGCAAGAGGCACAUAAACAAUACCAAGAAUCACUCUCUUCCAAAAUUCAAUACAGAAUAGAUUUACAAGAUCAAAUAAUUCAAGCAUACAAGAAACAACAGGACGCUUUUCAAGAAUUUCUUAAAGAGAAAGCUCUGUUGGAUCAAAUAGUUAAAGCUAUACAUGAAGAAGAUCAACGAGAAGAAGAAAUUCGGAUGGAGCGAAUGCAGCGAACUAAACAAGAAAUUGAAACUUUCCGACAACAGCAGGAAAUAUGGAAACAGAGACAAAAAGAAGUUCUUGAAGAGGAAGAUAGAAGAAUUAAAGCAUUCCUAGAACAGAGAGAUAGAGAAGAGAAAAAGAAGCUGGAAGAACGUAAAGAAAAGGAAGAAAUAAAAAGAAAACUUCAAGAAAAACUGCAAGCCUCACUUAAGUCUAAAUAUACCGAAGAUGAGGAAAGGGAGCAAAUCCUGCAUGAGUUAGCAGCAGAAGAGUUAAGAGAAAAAGAUAUGGCAAGACUCAGAAAUGAAAUAGCAAAAGCAGUUAGACAUAGGGAAAUGCUACAGCAAUCAUAUAAAGUUCAGUUAGCAGAGAGAAGAAAAAAAUUAGAAGAGGAAGAGGCAGAACAAAAUAUGUAUAGACAACAACUUCUGGCUCAGUUUGCAGAAGAUGAGAGACUGGAACAGUUAACAGCUGAGAAGAGGCGAUUGAAGAUUUUAGAGCAUAGACGACAAGUACAGCGUUUAAUGGAGGAAAGACAGCGACAUCGAAUGGAACAGUGGCAGCAAUUGGCAGCUCUUGAGCGUUUGCAGGAAGCCGAGGAGAGACAGAGACGACAACUUGUGGAAGAGGAGCGAUUACGAAUGUUGAAGAAACAUGCUACGAAGUUAAUUGGUUUCUUGCCAAAAGGAGUACUACGUGAAGAUGAUCUUACUCAUUUGGGUUCAGACUUCCUUGAAGAAUUUAACAAAUACAAGUCUUUGAACAGUGUGGACAAUGAUAAUGUGUUGUAACAAAUUGAUUUGAAAGGAUCUGGAUGAUAAAUCAUUUUAGCAAACUAUAUAACUUGAUGUCCUUAACCAAUGACUAGUUGUUGAUUUAGCCAAACAAGCUAUCAAAUCUGUGAACACUAAUAGAAAAUUUGUUGUACUUUAAUUCCUUACAGAUAUUCCAGUAUACCUAAGGUAAUUUAAGGUGAUUAAAUUGACAAUCUUCAGGAAUUUGAAGUUCUAAUACAUAGUUUUAUACAAGUUAAAUCAGUUAGGCUACUUAAAACAACCAUGUUAUUUACAUUUAAAAGUGACAUUAAAAUUUAUAAUUUGCAUAUAUGGUUUUUUUACACAAAAUAAUUAUUUCAUGUCAAAUCACUUUAAAACUUUUGUUUCUUUACCUUUUAAAAAUUGUUAUGACCUAAAUUAUGUUAGAAUACAGUUUAGGUUAAUAAUCUAAAUUUGUUCAGUUUUAAAAUAUUUUGUUCGGCAUCUCCAUUAUUUGUAGAUGGUUGUGAAUUCCAAACUAACUAAAGUUAUCAAUAGGCCUAUCUAUAUAUUUUUUAAAUAACUUUGUCCUUGAAAUUUAUUUCCUUUCUUCUGUUUAUUAUUUUUAAUCUAUUGCAGAUUAUUGGGUCAAAUUCCAAGCCAUCCUUAAACUAAAAAAAUGUUUUCCUGUAUUUCAGACAACAGCUUAAGACCAUUCACUGUUUUGCACAAUCCAAUAGGCUUUCUAUGAAUAUGUUCUACCUAUUACACAUGUUUUUGUUGUGAAGGUUUUAUAAAAAUAAAAAAAUAAAAAUAAA